CGUGCCUCGGGGUCCCCGCUCGCUCCGCGUUCCGCCCGGAGCCCGGUCCCUAUCCCCGCUCCCGCCAUGGCACAGCCUCGCCUCACCGACUUCUUCGCGCGCCGCCGCCCCGGGCUCCGCGCCGUGCCUCCGCGGGUCAAGCAGGCCUGGCGCACCCCGAGCCCCGCCAAGCCCGCGCCAGGCGCCCCGGCCCGCACCCCGGGCAGCAGCCGCAAGCGCGCCCGCCCGCCCGCAGAGCCCGCGCGCGACCACCCCGCGCCGCCCGCGCGCCGGAGACUGCGGCUGCCGGCCGACGCGGUCUCGGGUCCCACUGCCCCACCUGCCCCAGCUGCCCUCGAUGCCCCAGCUGACGCCACUGCCCCGGCUGACGCCACUGCCCCGGCUGACGCCACUGCCCCGGCUGUCCCGGCUGUCCCUGGCUCCCCGGAGCAGGCCUCUCUCUCAGCAGGUCUGCAGCCCUGCCUGGCCACCCCGGAGAAGAAAACCUCCUCAAAAGUCACAUUCUCUGAGCUGAAGUCGUGCCUACAGCGGGCACGGGAACUAGGGGCCCGGGCCCAGGAGCUGAGGGCAAGUGCCCGAAGGAAGGAUGCUGGGGAGCCCAGCGUGCUGGAGGACCAGGGGCACCCAGCAGGGCCAUGCGGAGAGAAGGCACCUGCCUACGAGCGCUUCCACGCCCUGGCCCAGCCGGGGCCCCCAGGCCUCGUGCUGCCCUACAAGUACCAGGUGCUGGCGGAGAUGUUCCGCAGCAUGGACGCCAUCGUGGGCUUGUUGUACAACCGCUCCGAGACCGUGACGUUUGCCAAAGUCAAGCAGGGCGUUCAGGACAUGAUGCGCAAGCGCUUUGAAGAGCGCAAUGUGGGCCAGAUCAGAGCCGUGUACCCAACUUCCUACCGCUUCCGCCAGGAGCGCAACAUCCCCACCUUCAAGGACGGCCUUAAGAGGUCCGAUUACCAGCUUACCAUUGAGCCGCUGCUGGACCGCGAGGCCGGCAGCCCAGCGCCCCAGCUCACGGCCUCGCAGCUCCUGCAGCGCCGGCGGCUCUUCAGCCAGAACCUGGUGAAGCGUGUCCGCGAGCACCACAGUGCCUUCCUGGCCUCCCUGAACCCUCCCGUGGCGGUGCCUGAGGACCAGCUCACACGUUGGCACCCCCGGUUCAAUGUGGACAGCGUGCCUGACAUCGAGCCAGCUGAGCUGCCCCAGCCGCCCACUGUGGAGAAGCCGGCCACCGCCCAGGAGGUGUUGGCCCGUGCCCGCGGCCUCCUGUCGCCCAGGAUGGAAAAGGCCCUGAGUGGCCUGGCCCAGCGUACCGCCAAGCCCAGCAGCCCUGGGUCCCCCUGCUCCACCCCACGGGCCACACCACCCGCUAACCCGCCUGCGGCCCUGAAGGGGGUGUCCCAGGACCUGCUAGAGAGGAUCCGGUGCAAGGAGGCACGGAAGCAGCUGGCACAGAUGACCCGGCGGCCGGAGCAGGAGCAGCGGCAGCAGCGGCUCGAGCGGCUGCCCGAGCUCGCCCGCGUACUACGCAGCAUCUUCGUGUCGGAGCGCAAGCCGGCGCUGCCCAUGGACGUGGCCUGCAGCAGGCUGCUGGGCAGCUACCCCGUGGCCCUGAGCCCUGGGGAGAUGGAGAAGCACGUGCAACUCCUCUCUGAGCUGCUGCCCGACUGGCUCAGUCUGCACCGUGUCCGUGCGGACACCUACAUCAAGCUGGACAAGGCUGCAGACCUGGCAGGUGUCCUCACACGGCUGGCCUGCCUUGCCCGGGCGGAGGUGGUGCUGUGAACCUCGCAGCCACGGACUUCCAGUCCCUGCCCUUGCCCGCUGUGUCUUUUACUCUCUUUAGGAACAAGAUGCACUUUCCCCCCUCUGCACCCCCCACCAGGCUCCCUGGCCAGCGUGGGCAGUAGGCCUCUCCUGGGGCAGCAUUUUGUUAUUAAACUGGUUUCUGU